ACUGAUACUGUUUGUGGUAAAGCACAGACAGAAGCAAACUGAAGGCGCAGUGCUUGCCGUCAUUUGUUUCGCUCUCUCCCUCGACAUGCUUGCUUUGACUCAAUCGACACAGUUUUUGGUGUCAAACACCAGUAGCAGCAGCUGCAGCAUCGGUUAAGGUACCACUCUCUGUUUCUCACUUCUCUGACUUUCUAGUAGAGAACUAAAAUCCCAAUUACAUAGCCAAAAUGAUCAUAAAGCAACUUCUCAAACGUCACCCUCACUGUAACUCUCCCUCCUAUGCUUUCUUUGUUUACUUGAAGCUCUUCUCUUCAAUCCCAUCUACUUAUUCUUGCUCUGAUAUCGAAACCCAACUGAGGUUUCUCUGUGAUAAGUCGAAUCCUCAGAUUUCAGAGGCCGUUUCGCUUUUUCAGGGUUCCAUCGAUUCUGACCGCUUGCCUUCUGGGGGAACCUGCAAUUUGCUUGUGCACACUCUCACAAGGUCGAAAAAUUAUGAAUUGGCGUUUUCGGUUUAUAGUAAGAUGACCCAUGUUGGUAUAUUUCCAAGUUUUAUAUCAUUGAGUUGUUUAGUUGCAUGUUUUGUUAAUACCAAUCAUGCCAAAUUCGCACCUGGGGUCUUGGGAUUGGUAUUGAAGCGUGGAUUUCAGUUAAAUGUGUAUGUUGUGAAUCUUAUGUUAAAGGGUUUGUGUUCUAAUGGUGAGGUUGAGAAGGCAAUGGAGCUGUUUAGUGUAAUGGGAAGAAAUUGUGUAACCCCGGAUAUUGUUAGUUACAACAUUCUUAUACACGGGCUCUGCAAGGCAAAAAAAUUGAAAGAAGCCACAGAAUUGUUGGUUGAUAUGGAGAUGGCAGAUUCUGACCCAAAUGUGAAGACAUACAGCACUUUGAUCGAUGGAUUUUGCAAGGAUGGUAGAGUGGAUGAGGCAAUGGGUUUGUUGGAGGAAAUGAAGCAAAAAGGUUGGGAACCGGAUGUUGUUGUGUACAGUACCCUUAUAAGUGGUUUUUGUGAUAAAGGGAGUUUUGAUAGAGGCAAAGAAAUUUUCGAUGAGAUGGUAAAGAAGGGUAUUCCUCCUAAUGUGGUUACAUAUAGUUGUUUCAUACAUAACCUCUCCAGGAUGGGGAAAUGGAAAGAAGCCAUUGCGAUGUUAAAUGAUAUGACCAAGUGCGGAGUUCGCCCUGAUACUGUUACUUAUACAGGCUUACUUGAUGGGCUUUUCAAAAAUGGAAGGGCUACAAAGGCCAUGGAGCUAUUCAAUUUAAUGUUAUUGAAGGGUGAAGAGCCUAACACUGUAACAUACAAUGUUAUGAUUGAUGGACUAUGCAAGGAAGGGUUGGUCGAUGAUGCAUUUAAGAUUUUGGAAAUGAUGAAGGGUAAGGGGAAAAAGCCUGAUGUAAUUACAUACAACACGUUACUGAUGGGACUUUCUACUGAUGGGAAGGUUGAUGAGGCCAUGAAACUUUACAGUACGAUGUCAAAAGACGGGAACUUUGUUGAGCCGGAUGUUAUCACCUAUAACAUGCUAAUUUUUGGACUCUGCAAGGAAGGCGAUCUUGAUACGGUUGUGGAGAUUUAUAAUACAAUGGUUGAAAGGGGCAUUGCUGGUAACUUAUUUACUUAUAAUGCUAUGAUAGGUGGAUGUCUACAGGAAGGAUCAGUGGGCAAGGCCAUAAAGUUCUGGAGACAUGCACUUGACUUGGGAUUUGUUCCGAACUCAAUUACUUAUAGUCUCAUGAUCAAUGGAUUUUGCAAAACUCAUAUGCUUAAGUUUGCAAAAGGACUUUUUAACAAAAUGAGAGCUUCUGGGGUUAAUCCUACUUUGAUUGACCACAAUGUUUUGAUGCUGUACUUGUGUAAGGAGGGUAGUUUGAGGCAAGCUAGGAUGUUAUUCGAAGAGAUGAGGAUUACAAAUUGUGUUCCGAAUCUGGUCUCAUUUAACACAAUUAUUGAUGGAACUCUCAAAGCGGGAGAUAUUAAAUCUGCUAAAGACUUGCUAGAGGACAUGUUUAAAAUGGGUUUAACUCCUGACGCAAUUACCUUUUCCACAUUAGUAAACCGGUUUUCAAAACUUGGGCUUUUGGAUGAGGCUAAAAUAGUUCUUGAGAAAAUGAUUGCUUGUGGUCUUGAACCUGAUGCCUUUGUAUUUGAUUCUUUACUAAAGGGCUAUAGUUCAAAGGGUGAAUCAGAAGAAAUCAUUAGUUUGCUUCAUCAGAUGGCAGACAAGGGUGUUAUUCUUGACUCAGAAAUAACUUCUACCAUCUUGUCAUGCCUCUGUCAAAUCUCAGACGAUUAUGAUGUGAUGAAAAUUCUCCCAACUUUUUCUCAAGAAACAUCGAAAGGAGCAAGCAUCUCUUGCAAUGAGCUAUUGAUGAAACUAAAUAAAUGUUACCCAGAACUUAAAUUAUAAGCUGCUUGAUGUUCUUCAUCCCAAGAGCUUCCAAUGUAGUGAGAAAUCUGCAGCCAGUGCUAUACUAUGAUUAGUAGCUGAGAAACUAGAAUGAGGAAGUUCUGAGCGGAACUUCCACUUUUAAAAUCAAGCAUUCCUUUGCUUUUCAACACUAGAAAAACUUAUUCAAGUACAAAGGAAGGGCAACGGAAAUUCCUACUAGCCUAUGCAUCCUGAGCUAAGAUGUGACUAAACCCAGAUUUUGUCAAAUUCUCUAAGUGCUUUCUGAAGUGGAGCUUGUUGCUUGCAUAUUGCAUAUGCCCAUUAGAGUAAGAAUAAAAACCACAAAUGCUCAGCAAUAAUUCAUCAUUGUUUUUUAUUUUUCCACCAGUUGUUACUCCUCUUAACAAAUUCAGCUAGAAUUGAAGCUUUGGUGUGGUUUGAAAUCAUACCAUGUGAAGAAGUAUUAUGCCUACAUGCAUGGAUUCAAUCAUUCAAUGGUCAUGGUGAAGCUCUUCGGUGUGCUGAGAUUCAGAUAAAGAAAUUAGUUGGGACUUGAUCCGUCGUGGCAAAUCUUGGAGUCAUCUCUCUUGUCCUUCAGCUUGCAGAUGUGGUGAAAUUUGUUUGAGGAAUGUCAUGCAGGUUGGGUGAUUACAAAAGGGUUUUACGAGUCACAAAGUAUGCAGUUGAAGGUCUAGGGACAAAAAGCAAGGCAGGCAAAAUUCUUUUGGGGUCGCAGGGUGUGGUAUUUUUUAAUCACAUGGAGAAAAAUAUGACUUGGGUUUAUUCAGGGAUGAGUAUGGAUGAACUUAUGGAUCGAGUUAGUUAUUGGCAUGCACUUCAGCUUCAGUCACUGUAGAGUUGAGGAAGUCUUCCUUGUCAGCAUUGUUGCUGGAUUUUGAUGCAUUCUGGCUUGACUUUGGAGGUCUGAUUUUUUUAUUUUAUGUUUUCUGUAAUUUAGGCAGAUUAGAAAGUUUUAUUAUGUUGAUGUCAUUUGAAACUGGACUCGUCCAUAGUUGUUCUAUUUGCCACUCUUUCAUAAAAUUCUGUUUCUUUUCAGAAGAAAAAAAGAUAAAGAGAGCAAAAAA